AAGGGGCCUACCUUUGUCUUCAGUAUAAAUCACCCUCAAUGAUUAUAUAGUUGGAUAGAGAAGACCAAAAAACUUUAAAAAGUUAAUAGAAAAAACCUAUGGCAUUAACAUACGGAUCCGUGGGUUAGAAAGUCCUGCGGGUCCUACCGAUCGGCGGGAAAAGGGCGCGGGAUUGAGGCACCGAAAUUCUCAAGGUCAAGAUCACGAGAUUUAAGGGAGAGCAAGCGUUUGACAUCCUUCAUUAACUCGAGAGCUCUAAAAUUCUACUCCACCGGCGGAAGGAAAUUCGGUGGUUGCGUAAAUCUUGAUCCAGUCUGCGGGAGACCGGUUUUUCAGAUUUACCGGCUGAACUGGAUUCAUUGUCGAUUCACGUGCAGAUUUGUUAAAUAUAGAAACUACUAUUCUGAAGCCAAAAUAGUUACCAGUGAACACGAAACGUUGAUUGCAGGGUAUUCACUUUUCACAAGGAGUCCUAAGAAUUCGUGAGCCCAAAGAAUAUGACCCACAGCCUCGAUUUGUCGGAACAACAAGCCCUUCUUGACAAAAGGAACCUACAAGGAAGUCGUUAUGAAAGCCCAUACUACAGUGGUAGUGAAGUAACUAUGCUUAAUCAGCCAGGUGCAACAAGUGAUUUAGACACUACCUCCAGUGCUGGUGUGUUUAAAUCUCGUUCAGUAAUCCAACGACCGGGUGAGAAUCAUUACGCGGAGGGUUUACCUAUUUGGAGAGCAGCUCUUUUGGUGGUAAAUUCAGCUCUUGGUGCUGGAAUUUUGAACUUUCCCCAAGCAUAUGCGCAAUGUGGAGGCAUUACCACCGCUCUUACUGCUCAAAUGUCUUUAUUGGUGUUUAUUACUGGAGCAUUCCUGAUCCUAGCAUAUUGUGCCGAAAAUCAUGGCUCCCAGAAUUUUCAAGAGAUAAUCCGUGAAGUACUUGGUCCAGGGGCAUACAUUUUAACACAGAUAGUCAUUAUGUUAUACAUGUAUGGUUCUACUGUGGCAUAUAUGAUUUUGAUUGGUGAUCAACUGGAGAAAGUUGGAGAGGCUAUUGACUCUACUCCUGGCUGGUAUUUAAGUCGCGAAUUUCUCAUGUGUGCAAUGUGCAUUCUCUUUCUCUUACCACUAUGUCUUCCAAAAACUUUGAAAGUUCUUAGUUAUUCAAGUGCUCUUGGAACAGUUGGGGCACUUUUUGUUUGCAUAGUAACUGCAAUAAAAUACUUUGAUGGACAUCACACUGAUAGUAAAGACUAUGUAGAGAUUGAGGAAUCUUGGAAUUGGACUCAGGCUUUUGCUGCUAUUCCUAUAAUUUGCUUUGGUUUUCAGUGUCAUGUCCCUUCAGUGGCUGUCUAUGCAGAACUAAAAAGAGCAAGUGUACCCAGAUUUGGCAUUGUUGUUGUCAUAGCAAUGGCAAUUUGUACUACAGCCUAUACCAUUACGGCAUCAUUUGGCUACUUAACAUUUGGCACAUCAGUUAAAAGUGAUGUUCUUUUAAGUUACCCUUCUAAUGACAUUUUGGUGAAUAUUGCAAGGGUAACAAUAUGCCUCAUAGUUUUAUCAACAGGGGCAUUUGUUGUUUUUUGUGGAAGGAGCUGUUUGGAGGGAUUGUAUUUGGCAGCCUUCAGAAUGCCUCCAACUCUUGCUGAAAUAUAUGAAAAACGGCGAAGAAUCAUACAAACAUUAGUGUGGUUUGGGUCAGCCCUUAUUAUUGCUGUUUAUGUGAAAGACAUACAAUAUGCAAUUGCACUUAUUGGGGGACUGGCUGCACUGUUCAUUUUCUUUUACCCAGGGAUCUGUCUUGUUCAAGAGAUGGUACAAUAUCCAGUUCUUACCAUGAAAAGGAAAUUAUUGAUUCUUCUGGGUCUCUGGUAUGUGGUUGUUGGAGUGUUCUUGUUUGCAGACUCUGAAGUAUUUGCCAUAAUGCAAGACAUAAAAGGAGGAAGUUUGUAUUGAUCAUUCUGUUUAUAAUGACAGACUCAGAUGUCAGUUUCCCAUGGCAUUAAAACAGUAGUGCUGCAAACAAUGAGAGGCGCAAAUGUUGGACAAACCACUAUGGUCUGCCAUGUCAAAGACUCAAAUCAAAAUUGUCAUCUAAUUCUUUUUUUCAAAAAUAAUAUUGUAUAUACUGUGAAACUCUGAAGUCUGUGAGCACUGAAAAUGUUUAUGGAAUGUAAUUGCAUUUAGGAAAACAAGCCAAUCAAAUACAAGAAAAUCUUGAUUGUACAUGAUAGCAUUAAUAUUUAUUAAUGUAUUGUAUGUAGUUUUGUUUGGAUUACUUACAUACCAUCCUGUGAUUGGUUGUAACUCAUAAAACAUUCCAGAGAUAUUUCAGGUAUCAUGGUAUUCUGAAUUUUAUAGUUAUGUUAUAAUUUAAUACAAAUGUAUUUGUCACAAUUGUGAUCUGAAUCAAAUUGUAUAACAUGAGGUCCAAUUACUAAUAAAAUUAGUAUGAAUUAAAUUCAAGUCUCCAAAGUUACUACUGCCUAUAGUAGUUUAAGUUAGAUACUCACAAGAGGUAACUAGGAAUAAUCCAUUGUUAAUGUGCAAGAACCAAAACCCUAAUCAUAAUUAAAGAAUGCAGAGCCUAGGAUGCCUUUGACAGAUUUCUGCAGUGGUAGCAUGAAAACUGGCGUUAAAAAAAGUAUGGUAAACUUGUAAGCCUUUUUUUGUCACAUAAGUCAAACACGACACGGAGGUCAACAUGACAAUCUGGUGUGUACCCUCUGUUUGACUCAGUCUGAUUCCCCCUUUGAAAAAUCCUGGUUAUGCCCCUGUACAGGUUUAGAACAAUCCAGUUCGCUAGUUUGUCAUUUAGCAGGAAUCAAUUUGUGUUUGUUAAUUAAUUGUUAUAACUGAUAUUUUGAAGAGUAAGAAGACCUUAUGGAUUACAAUUUAGGCUAUUAUCAUGGCAUUGGUUCAAAAUCUGCAACUGACAAUCAUCA